GCAGCAACCAACGGCGUAGCGCAGCAGCAGCAGCGAAACUACGACGCAAAAAAUUUACUCAUUUCCCCCAAAAGCUCAACUAAAAACCUCCAGGAGCCAUGACUAGCUACCACAAACCCGACGAAAAGACUCUGCAGGGGCUGCGAGACAUCGCCAACAAGCUCAGGAUCCAUUCCAUUAAGGCGACAUCCGCCUCUAACUCCGGCCAUCCAACAUCAUGCUGCAGUGCAGCAGAGCUCAUGUCUGUGCUCUUCUUCCACACCAUGCGCUAUAAAACAGAAGAUCCUCGCAACCAGUGCAAUGACCGCUUUGUGCUCUCAAAGGGUCAUGCUGCCCCUGUCCUCUAUGCUGCUUGGGCAGAGGCAGGUUUCGUGAAGGAGUCUGAACUGCUUAACCUUCGUAAGAUUGACUGUGAACUGGAGGGGCACCCCACACCAAAAUUGGAAUUUGUUGAUGUGGCUACAGGAUCUCUGGGACAGGGCCUUGGGGCUGCCUGUGGGAUGGCCUAUACUGGCAAACACUUUGACAAAUCAAGUUACCGUGUGUACUGCAUGAUGGGUGAUGGAGAGUGUUCAGAGGGCUCAGUGUGGGAGGCCAUGGCCUUUGCCUCCUACUACAAGCUGGACAAUCUGGUGGCCAUCCUAGAUGUCAACCGGCUCGGUCAGAGUGAGGCUGCACCCCUGAGGCACGACAUGGAGACCUACCGCAAGCGCUGUGAAGCCUUUGGGUGGAACACAUAUGUCGUGGACGGCCAUGAUGUGGAGGAGCUUUGCAAAGCUUUCUGGCAGGCUCAGCAGGUCAAGGAUAAACCCACCUGCAUCGUUGCCAAGACAUUCAAGGGCAAAGGACUCAAAAAUAUUGAGGAUCAGGAUAACUGGCAUGGAAAGCCAAUCCCAAAGGACAAGAUGGACGACCUCCUGAAUGACCUGCAGUCUCUGAUCCAGGUCCCCAACAAGACUGUCUGCCCUCAGCUGCCCCAAGAAGAUACAGCACCUGCCGACCUGAGCCCCAUCCGUUUGCCUGCACCCCCAGCAUACAAGAAGGGAGACAAGAUGGCAACAAGGAAAGCAUAUGGUGUGGCACUGGCAAAGCUGGGCCAGGCAAGCCCGAGAGUGGUGGCCCUUGAUGGAGACACCAAAAACUCUACCUUCUCAGAGACUUUCAAGAAGGCCUUCCCUGACCGCUACAUUGAGUGUUUCAUUGCCGAACAGAACAUGGUGGGAGUGGCUAUUGGCUGUGCCGCCCGUGACCGCACAGUUGCGUUUGCCAGCACAUUUGCAGCAUUCUUCUCAAGAGCCUAUGACCAGAUUCGUAUGGGAGCCAUCUCCCAGACAAAUGUCAACCUUGUGGGGUCUCACUGCGGAAUCUCCAUUGGUGAGGAUGGUCCUUCCCAGAUGGCCCUAGAGGACCUGGCCAUGUUCCGUGCCAUUCCAACUUGUACUGUGUUUUACCCCAGUGAUGCAGUGUCCACAGAAAGAGCUAUUGAACUAUCAGCCAACAUAAAGGGUAUCUGUUUCAUUCGUACAAGCAGACCAGAAACUGCAGUCCUCUACUCUCCGGAUGAGAAAUUUGAAGUGGGCGUAGCCAAGGUGGUGCGCCAGUCCAACAGCGAUCGGGUGACUGUGAUUGGAGCUGGUAUUACUUUGCAUGAGGCCCUGGCUGCUGCUGACGUUCUGGCCAAAGAAGGGAAGAACAUCCGUGUGAUUGACCCCUUCACCGUCAAGCCCCUGGAUGCUGCGACCAUUCUGUCCAGUGCCAGAGCCACAGGGGGACAGAUCAUCACCGUGGAGGACCACUACAAGGAGGGUGGUCUUGGUGAAGCAGUGCUGUCCGCAGUGGGCGGGGAGCCGGGCAUUGUUGUGACACGGCUGGCAGUGAGCGGUGUUCCCCGUAGUGGAAAACCCCAAGAGCUUCUGGACAUCUUUGGCAUCAGCGCUAAGCACAUCGCCAAUGCUGUGCGUCAGACCUUUGCAAACUAAGGACUGCACACAUUUGUCUGGCUUCUUGCUCUCUUUCAUCACAACCAACCUGCAGCUACCUGGCACAAUCACAUGAAGAUCUGUUAACAUCUCCAGUGCCCUCUUGUGGCUCUGACUCAAGUGCAGUGUGCUACACCUGUAUUAUUUCUAUCAUAGAUGAAGGGAGCUGAGUGCAGUGUGGUCAGAGCCUGUAGUGUUUAUGUUCCCUCCCUUUAUGCACCUUCUUCUACCCUCUGCUCCAGAAGGGUUCUACUGUUCUUUGGCAACCACAUUCCUUUCUUGCGUCCCCCAUUAUGUUCUUAAAGUCUUGCAAGAGGCACAGAUGAAAAGCAUCACCUACUUCUGUAAAAGUGUUAUGCUGACUCAUUUUAAAAUCUACCACACUGCAGCAUCUUGUUCAGUCUCUGAUCCGCAGCGAACAGCUGGACCACAACUUUUGUGGAAUUCCAACCAUCAUUCCUUUUACACGAUCACGAACAUUCCUCAUGUCCUCUCACUCGGCUGGUCUCAAUGCCUCUCUGUUACUGUUAUACAUGUAGUGCCCUAGAGCCCUUCUGUAGUUGUGCUCAGUGACUUUAACACGUAAGCUGUGGAAGACGACUUUCUUCAAACCCAGUGUGAAAAGUGAAACCAGUUAAGUUAUAACUCAGCAUUCCACUAACGCCUCCUGAUCCACAUGGGCAUCACGCAAUGUUACUGGCGUUCAAGGUCACUGGUGUCAUCCUGUUAUUGCUGUGAUGUGCUGAAUUAAAAGAAAAAAACUAACAAAAAAAACAA